AUGUUUUUGUGUAGGUAGGAUGGUGGGAGAUGGGUUUGUGGGGCGAGCUGAGUUGGGAUGGAAAUCUCGGUGGGGUUGUGGGUGAUGGGAGUAACCAGAUGGUUUAAUUGGAAGUAGAUCAGGGCAUUUGUUAUUACAAUGAAAGGGUUGUAAGCGUUGGCUAAUGUAGAAACUGGAGAGGGGGGGAGGCACAAACGCUAAGGUUGAAUAGCUCUAGUGAUAGUAAAGCGUCGGAUUCACGACAGUAGUGCGGGAUUGUCAUUAAUGGUAUUUUUUAGGCUCGCGCAGGUCCAACCAGAGUAGAGAUCUUGACGUCAAGACGCAAGCAUCUGGUCAACAGUUUGGAGGGUCCACAUUUAAGAUCAAGUAUUCAAAUGUUAUAAUCAAGUGGUAUUCCAACCUGUAAGAUACUACUGGGCUGAGCCUAUCAUACUCUCCUGGUUAGAUUACCUCCACAUGAAAGGUGGGUUCCAGCUCACCCUUAUAUCAAAGUCCCCAAUCCACUUCCUCCCAGUAACUGAAACCUUAUUCAGAUCCCCACCCCAACAGGACAUCCAGAUCGCCAAACUGCCUCUCAAACCAAGGGUUAAACUCAACAUGGGUGUAGGCGCUCCCGUACGUAUCCUCAUUCCUAAUCGUAGACAACCUCUUCAGCUAAAAGGGGUCGGUCACGCCCGGGAGUGGGGUUUGCAGUCUCGGCCUUUUGAAAACGGUUGUGCCAACCAGAGUCCUGAUGGCAAGGUGCGGCUUCCACAAUUCGUCGUCUGUGCCUCCAGCGAAGAUGACCUGGCAUAUCGGCGACCAGAACUUUUGUGCUUUACAACCAACCUCACCCAGCCCGACCAGUAUUCUGGGAACCACCAUCUCCCCAUUGCUAUCUUUCCGGCCACCCCAGCGAUCCCCCAUUCAUCACCCAUACCACCCAUCACCGGCGCGGUCGUAUCCAGCAUGUGUGCACGUUUGAUAUCGUCGUCUGUGGCUUUGCCACAGCCCAUGAGCAUUUAG